AGCACAUGUAAACACAUGUCAACUUACACAAGCUGUUACCAAACGCUGCUGAAGGCUGUUCUGUAAUGAGUCGCAGCCCUCCUCUAUGAUCCCGCUGUCUCACUGAAGUGUGUUUUUCUGUCAGGAAGGGGCUGUUACAUCAUAGACGCAACAAUGAAGUCCAUCGCUUGUAUUUCUACCUCUGUGAGAACGGCGUGUCAGCACACCUCAGCUUGUUUCUCUCUAAAUCGUGCUGUGAUUCGUUCCAGUCCGGUGGGUAGAUGCACUAAUGCAGUUUUUGCUAGUAAAACUGUAGUUGCGCAACAACCGUGCGUAACCGGUGUACGUGCUUUUCAUGGUUCACAUGUAAAUACAGCAGCGGUCCAGCACGUGAGUGCAGCACCUCUCCCCAUCCCGGUUUAUGUACCUGGGAAAAGUGAGAACGAACUGAACCAACUUGGAAGACGCAUGACACCUAAAACGGCCACAAGAUCGGCCCCACACCUGUCCCCAUACAGCCCAUACACCAAACCACAAAGUAACACAGCUGUCAACAUCCACUCAUUGUUUGAAGGGGAAGUCAUCCAGGAGCUGUGCACCAGGCUGACACACUUCCCAAUCAAUGACAGGGCAGAGGGACUGGCCACUUUACUGGGAGCAUGUGUUGAGUUUGGUGUGGAUGGCCACAACCCUCUAGUCUCUAGACUGAUAAAUGAGUGCCUGGAGCUCCUCUCCAACAGAGACAUCAGGGUGGCACAGCUCUGCCACCUGGGUGAGGUGGCGUACGCCCUGGAAGGCCGCCAGUCAGCGAUGGUGACAGAGGUCCUGGACUCCAUAGGUGCAGUUUUAGAAGAGGACAUUGUCUCUCCCAGCGAGGCUGUCAGGGUCUACUCCCUCCUGGCUCUGUGUUACCAGCCUGCCAGCCAGCGGCAGACACUCCUGCUGUCCACUUUGCACAGACACACACAAAGGCUGGUCCACAGGCUAAAAGCCAGACAAGUCAGCGACAUUCUGCAGUCCCUGCUGAAGUUACAGCACAGACAGGCCAUUUCCUUGGUGCUGAGGCUGAGUCACAGAGCAUCACGAGUCUUUAAAGCUUUCAGUAACAAUGAAGUGAUUAAGGUGCUCUCUGCAUUGAUGAUCCUGGGACAGCAUGAUGAAGAGCUCCUGGCUGCUAUGGAGAAACACGUGCCAGGGAGGCUGGGAAAGUGUGAUCCGGAGUUAAUCAGCACCGUCAUGGAGUACUGUCUGCAAACGAGGUGCCGCUCUGAGCCCAUCUUUGAAGCUGUGGCUGAGAACUUUGUACUCCAUGCUGAGAGACACACCACCCUCCAGAUAGCCAAACAGAUCGUCGCCAUGGGGAGACUCAACUACCUGCCACAGUGCUCCAAUCAGAUGUUUAAGAAGCUGGAGAGCAUUUUAUCAUCAAGGUUUUCCCAAUUCCAGCCUCGCUCGCUGAUAGAGGUGCUGCACGCCUGCAUCCACCUAGAACGCUUCCCGCUCAACUACAUGUCCAAAGUUUUCAGCCCGUACUUCCUGCAGAGGCUGCAAGCACAGGGGGAGCCAUUGGACAAGAACGCAUUGGGACAACUGACACAGCUCCAUCUCUCCACAUCAUUAGAGUGCAGUCACUACUGGGGUCCCAGGCUGCCCUUCUUCCUCCAUGUGAAGAGGUUUUCGUCUGUGGACCAGGCCUUUGAGACACCCAUGGAGAGUCUCUUGUACAAACAGGUCAAACGGCCGCUGACACAGCUGUUGGGGGGAAAGUUUUACUCCACCAGUAUAUUUACUCAUAGUGGAUACACUGUAGAUGUGGAGAUAUGCCUGGAUGAGGAAGGUUUUGUUCUGCCCCUGUCUCAGUGGGAUCACACGUAUAGAAGGAUGGCACUGUGUUUAGAUGGUCAAAACCGUUUCUGCAGCAACACGCAACACCUGCUGGGAAAGGAAGCCACUAAGAGGAGACACCUCCGUAGGAUGGGCUAUGAGGUGGUGCAGAUCCCUUACUUUGAAUUUGAGAAGUUAAGAACUCACAGGGAACAGGUCCAAUAUCUUCACAGCAAGAUCUUCCCCACCAUCUUCAAGUUCAAUCACAGUUGACUCACAGAUUGAGUAAAACUUCAACUAAAGAUUCUCCAGAGACUUUUAAUGGUUGAUUCUUACAUUAUUGUAUAAAAUCAACCAACUUUCCAAUGAGUUGAAUGAACAUUUAGCUGAGUGUUGCACUCUUGUUAUAUACAGCGCAAUAUGAAGACGAUAUAAUGCCUGACAGAAAAUGCUGCAGACAUAUCAUAAUAGGAGGAUACUAAUCUUACUGUCUGGGAAUAAUUCAGAAUAAAAUAUUUCACAGAUCUGUAAGUUACAAACCGAAGUUACUGUAUAACAUAAAUAUAUGAGUGAUGGUCUGACAGUUUGAUUCCCUAGUUCUUUGUCAUUUUAAGAAUUGACCUGUCUUGUUUUGAGCGUUAAGGUAAAAAAAAAAAUGCCAAUGGAUUGUUUUACAAGGAUAUUUUUAACAUUGCUGCUGAUAUCAAAGCUGUCUAUUAAGGGAAUUGAGAAAUUAGAUAUAUGUGGAUAGAUAUAAGAAUUUUCCCAUUAAAAGAUGAGAAAUCAUAUCCCUUAAAUAAUGGAGCUAUUUAACAGCUGAACUACCAGUUCCCUGGCCAUAUGUGUGACCAUACACCUCAUAUUUGCACCUUGUGACCUGAUUUUUUACUUUGUCAAUGGCUAUAGUCAAACUGACUAAAAAAUAAAAAUAACAAUACUGA